AUGUGGAAAAUAAUUAUUUUAUCCAUGGUGAUCGUUUGUAAUGGCGGUAGUGUGGACGACGUUUAUGGGGACUGGGUACCAGUUGCAUUUUAUCCUGUUGUCAAGUACAUUCCAACAUGCUUGCGAGUGUCGUUCGCUAAAGUGUCGAAAAAUGUUCAAUGUACAUGCGCGGAUUCAAAGAAUACAACAUUGUUGCUGUUUAGACGACCAGGACAGAGUGAUGAUAGUCCAAUGUUCCCCAUACUGGCGGCUGACAUGACCAUUGAUGUGGCAACAGCUUUAAACGUCUCGUGCAGGUGUGGUCACAGCCAAUACCAACACCGCAAAGUCGCGAAACUGAUUAACGACAAUUAUUUAGUGCUUUACGAAAUGCAGAACAAUGCGUUUUCUACAAUCGGCUCUGAACCAAUUUCAGCCCAGAUGUUUACUCGAGAAAUUCCGACGUAUUUGGAACUGAAGUUUGCAAUGAAAAGUAUUGACGACUUUAAAUAUAGAAGUGUCGGGAUAAUAUGCACUCAAGAGUUUUUAGAAGCGGAGGUACGAUACAACAUGCUACGACAACAAGGACAGUUAAGAGAUCGAUCAGCUCGCUCGCCACGUGUCCAGAAAUUCACCUACGACCUUGUGAGAUUCAUUAGCAAAAGCCUGAGUAUGCUUGAACCUUAAGUAAUACAGAUCUUAAACUAUAAUUAAACCUACUUACUUCAUUUACGGAAGAAGCACCAGAGGUACCAUUGUUAGAAAAAAAAAUUAUAUAAUUUUACAAGUCACGUUGCUCUUUUAUUUCAUGUUGUUUUAGAUGACGCAGAAAAAUUGAGGAUAUCUUAACACCCCAAGUAAGACCCCGAGGCAUCAAUAGUCAUCAUAAUCUUUAAUUUA